CUGUUGGCACAGCCUUGCCCAGCCUGACCGGUCAAGUUGCUGUCGCCUUGCUCGUUCAGUCUUGUCUCGCGAUUGGUGGCCUUGCUUCAGGUGGAUUCGGACUGUGUGUGAUUUUCAGCCGGUUUGAGCAUGGAAAGACCAAGUAACCGAUAAGGCUUGCCAGAUCGUCGUCUUCUCAAAUAGUAUUCAUGUUGGAACCUUCUUCCAUCAAUACACAUCCCACCUGAAGCGCAACGGAACUAUGAGCGACCGCAGUAUUCGAGAUAUCGCGGAAUCAUGCGAUGAUGCGUUUGAUAAUUUACUGGAUCGAAAUUUCGUCGCAACCUGGCCUGUGAAGUUCCAUGACUUGGUGGAAAAACUUGAAGAAGAACGAGCUAGGUUUGGAGUUUGGGCGGCACACAUUGGAGCCCAGGCAGAACACCAUGCUUCUCUUGACUAUCGACUUCGGGAGAGCGAGAAAGUGCAGUCACUGGUGAAAUCCCAACUUUUGGCUCUUCACAGCUCCCUGGUUCGACUGCCAGAGAACUUGAUGAAAGAAGGAAACAAUUAUCGGGAUUGCGAUACGUCAUACAAGGCCUAUAAGGAAUCUCAUACCGAAGUUCCGCCCGAGGCUAGAUCUCUACCAGAUUCUGAACCGACUUCAUCGGAAGAAGAUGACCUGGCAGACCAACAUGAAGAUUUCCACCGUUCUAGAAAUGCAAUUAGUCGUCUCAACAGGCUUGCGAGGGCAAUCCGGCAACGAAGCAUAGUUAGCCAGACCUCAAAAGCUGUUAACUUCCGACCGAGAAAUGAAGAAGGAAAUGAUGAGAUUGAAGCAUUCGAGCAAUUCUGCUUUGCAGUGAUCCAAAGCAAGUGGAGAAAUGCUGAUGAGUCUCUACAGAAACGACUGGCUAAGGUCAACGCUUCACGGAGGCGACUCUUUCUAUACAGAAUGAAGCAUCAGAAAGUCUUAGGUAGCAGACGCCGAAGCUCUGCAAAGAGCAAGUCGUCUCUGCCGCUCCAAGAAGUUCAAUUGACGCAUUCGACAGCAGCACCGCUCCAGCAGACGUCUAUAAUCUCUGAGGAACCCCCCAUGAUUGAAGACAAGCCAGGAAGUGCCAUGGAGGAGUCAGUGGCAAAGGCGUCAAGUUUUGUCGAGUCCAAAUUUCAGCCCGACACAUCCUCCAAGGCUUCAACCUCAAUAGGCGGCACAUCUGUGGGAAGUGUCUUUGGUCGAUCGCGGUUUCCACCGCCUCCAUACAUUCCUGAGUCCCGCGCCGAAUUCGAGUGUCCAUAUUGCUGUCAGCUAACCUCCACAAGGAUGUUGGCAAAGGGGCAUUGGAAGUGAGUUUUGUCAUCCUCUCGCGACCGGGAUCUUCGUCUUCGAAGGCGUGUUAGGAGGAAUUGUGCUGAAUUGGUCGUAGGCAACACC